ACCUCGCAUGCAUUCAUACCCCUCUUCCCGCAUCUUCUCUCACGACAGCAUGAUCGCAAUGACAUAUCACGACUCCUCUCCGCUGUUCUAUUUCCACGUCCUCUAGCUGUCCUUGAACUCCGUCCUAAUGCAACCGCCGCCGUCCACGACCCCUCUUCAUUCCACAACCCCACACAUCCCCCAAUCCCCCUAACAUCCUAACAACAUGGGCCUGCUCAAGCACUUCCGUUCCAAAUCGAAGCUGAAAGACGCUAGCCCUCCUCGACCGACCUCCUACGAAGUCAACUACCCCAUCCUCUCGUCUCCUCCCCGGCCCCGUUCUGAUCUCAUCUCUCGCCUCCCGGAGAAAGUGCUCGCGCGCGUCUUCUCCUUCGUCUGUCCUCACACCUCCGACACCAGCUUCCUCCCCUCCGAAGACUCCCAGAUCGGAGAUGGCUGCAUGCUCUGCGACUUGCGCGACCUCGCCCACUGCGCCCAGGUGUGUCGCAAGUGGUACAGCAUCGCACAAGGCCUCUUGUACCGCAGUGUGAGGAUCGAUGCCGUGCAUUACUGCGCCUUGGAGGAAGAGCUGGCGGAGAAGCGGAAGAAAUCGAGCAAGUUCCGCAGCAGCAAGAAUGUCGUCGAGCCGCUCGAUGUCCCCCAUAUCCGCCUGCAGCUGCUGUGCAGGAGUGUGCGCGAGAAUGCGAAUUUGGCCGACCAGGUGCAGAUACUAAAGCUGCCGUACAUGACCCGCGAAACUGCCAAAGGCGAUCUCGCCCGCACCGUCAGCGCUCUCCCGCGACUGCAGUACGCCGACCUUCCCGAUGGCUUCGCUUCGGGCGAUGCGAGCUGCAUAACGUUGCGCCAGGAAUUGCAAGCGCGCUGCCCAGAUAUCAGAAAGAUGACGUAUCGAGCGGGGGCGGAGGAGGCAUUGGAGCUGCUGUCGCAGAGACACUGGCAGAACAUCGAGAUCUUGGAGCUCGACGGGGUCGCUGUGCAGCCGGCUACGUUACGAUUGGUCCUAGCGAGUCUACCCGUCCUCCGAGAAGUCAGCAUCUCUGGGAUGCAUUGGCUGGAUGACAGUAUCUUUCAGAGAUCGAGUCAAAUUCCCGACUUCCCGCCCGUUCAGACGCUCAAGAUGGUCAAUGUUCCAAACGUCACGGCGAGAGGGUUCAAGGAAUACCUGCAGGACCCUCAGAAUCGCGAUGUAUUCUUUUCAUUGACGUUGGAGAAUACUGGGGUGGCGGUGAACGAGCUGUCGACAGUGCUUUGGGCCGCGUCAAACUUGCAGCAUCUCAGCAUCACAGCCGUGGUCUCCAAAAGCCUGGGCAUCGGCGCGGGCGACUUACCACCGCUGACUUCCAUCAGCCUGAAGACUUUGCAUUACGAGAUCCUGAGCAGCGACGAGGUCCACAGCCUGCAGAAACCGGCGGAGAGCUACUACGCCUACCUGGCCAGCUCCUUACACCGCAACGCCCUGCCAGCCCUCGAGACCCUUUUUGUACGGGAUCAGAAUUUCCCGGAUUUGCUCCUCAUGCCUCCCAUGCCCACUUCCAACGCACGACCAAGCUUCUCGACCAGCGGCAGCGGAACACGACCCGCACCCGCCGACACAGGCUCGCUCAAAAGCAAGGGCUCGAAUCUGUCCGCGGUAACGCAAAACUCCACCAAGCCAGGCCUGGGCCCUACCUUGUCAUCCAAUGGAGGCAACGCUGUUGCUUUCAGCCAACAACUAGAAGUCUACUCCAAAGGUGCUGGUGAUGUCGAAUGGGUCUUCACCUCCAUCGCCCCUCCGAGUGGAGCUCGCAAAGGCUCAAUCUCCGGGCCCCCAGGCGCGCGCCCUCUCAGCGCCUACUCCGCCUCCAAAGGCCUUACUCCGCAAUGGGCACAUGGAGGAUUCGGAAGCGAAGCCAGAAAAUCUGUGCUCGUGGGCAAUGGAUAUGGCGGCUUCCUCGCCGUUCCACAACUAGAUGAUGCGCCCAAGGAGCCCGUUCCGGAGGAGUUCUUGGGAGCUACGAGAUGGGGUAGCGUAGGCACGCAGAGCUCGGGGCAUAGCUCUUUCCUGAAGCCGCCGCCGAGUAUGACUAGUGUGUCGUCGAGCGGGGAGAAGAGGCAUAGCAAGCAUGAUCUUUGGAGGUAAAUGGGGUAGAGCGAGGAUGCUCAGAUCGACGCACGCGGAGGCUGGAUUCCUCCUGCUACCGGGCGAAUGAACGAUGGCAACAACGAAGUGUUUCAAAUGCGCAUCUCGAUGUUUCAGGAACGGAAAGCAUGUACGAGGCAAGACGUUACGAUGAUGAUGGCAUAUUCGAUGGCAUAUCUUCGUGUUUUUUUGGAGAGCCCCCGGCGAUGUCUGUUUUGUUUUGCCUUGCGGCGUCACGAUUUGGUAUUCACGAAGCAUUUGAAUGUACGA